AUGGACAUAAUGCUAGAUUGCAGAUAGCGCGCCUUGUGGGCCUUUCCAGACCGUUCGACGAGGCGACGCUGGUUAGCGGCAUUUGUGCGUAGCGUUGCAGCGUCGUUCGAGGUCUCUCAUCGUUUCGAAAUCCAGUUCGUAGCAACGCGCCUUGCUUUGUAUCGUUCAGUAAUACAGCAGCACUUCACGAUGGCGUUUUGGAAGUACACACUGACAGGCUUCAACGAUUUCCUCGAGCAGCGACGCGUCGCCUUCGCGGAGCCGAUGCCGGCGAGCCGCGUCUGCAGCAUCUGCGGUCGGUUGCCUUCUAGCACGGUACUGUUGCCCUGCGGUCACGCUUUGUGCGAAGAAUGCCGACGUCAAGUCUUGGAAGGAAUGGAGUGCCCCUAUGAUGGAAGAGCUUUCACGGAAGGGCAACUUGUCCGGCUUCGCUUCGAGCUGUCCGACCUUGAGCAGCUGCGCGUUGUGUGCGUGGUCGGCGGUAAGAAGUGUGCUACGUUCGCUGGAAAAUUGUGCGAGCUGAAAGACCACCUGCGUCAAUGUGGCAGCGGGGAAGUGAAGUGCGCCAAGUGUCAACGAUCUGUUGCACGUGACGUGGCCGUGGAUCACUACAGACAGCGCUGUGACGGGAACGCUCCGCAACAUUCGGCGAGUGACGCGCGAGUGCGAAGAGCCGUCGAAGAAGUCCGAGGCAUCAAAGAUGGUCUCGAAAGCUUGCGACAGCGGGCGUUUGGCGAGCGUGGAGGUGACGAAGAUCUUGCGAAUGAAGCCAACGACCUUGUUGAGAGAUUGACCUGCCUGGACCGUGCACUAUGCGAGGUGCAGAAAAAUGCGAGCGGCGUCGACCGAGAGGCCGUUUCUCUUCGAUCAGUGAUGAUGAAGGCAAUCACUCCUGGACCUUUCCGUGCUGCGUCAAAGCCGGGCGUUUUUCUCACGAUAUGCAAGUUCACGAAUGUGUACGCCGCGCGCGACUUACUCUCGCAGAACAAGAAGGAACACAAGAUAUCCACCGAGAUCUACAAACUAAGCGGCUACACCUUUAAGCUGGAUUGCGAGUUCUCGUUGUCGGGAACUGAAGACAAUGAAGAGGUGAACGUGAUGAUCAUAUUGUUUCUGUACGACGGGGACUGGGUCGAUUUCGUUCAAUGGCCAUUUUCGAAAAAGGUGUCGUUGGUUAUCGCACACCCCAGAGAUGAGACCAAGGAUAUUAGGCUGACAAUCGACAUGAAAGAAUUCAAGUUUACCAAGAAACCGCGCCCUGGUGGUUGGAAUUGGGGAAACUGGACGGAGAAGAAGAAUUGGAAUGACAUUGAACUUCAAGGCUACGUUGUGAAAGGCACCCUCUACAUCAAUGUGGAAUUUGAGUGACAGAGCGAGAUUAACUGUUCUCGUGUGUUUGUUUUCUCGGUUUUGUAUCCAGCUGAAAUUGACGGAUUUAGUAGAGGUGAUCACGCGUCCUGCCCCAUAGCCGGAAUCACACAGCUCGCAUCUAUCAUGUUUCAUUCUCCUCUUUUAAGGCGAAGAAAGCCUAUCUGGGCGCCUGAAGCCAUCUUUGUUUUCUAAAUUAUUCCAUUAUUGUUGGUAUUGUUGUACAGUUACAUGGUAUUUGUA